AUGGCACCACCGAGGAUAACUACCAAUGGUCUGAAUCUGCCGUUACCGACGCGCCUCAUCAACAUCUCCCGCUUACGGUCCUACCUGCUCCGACUCCCGCUGUUCACACGUCUAAUUCUGCUGGCCAUUGUCGCGUUUUGGGUCCUCGAUCUUCAGACCGUAUGGAGUGUGAUCCAAUGGGGCUCUCUGACCCCCAAGGAGGUGGGAUUUGGAAGCAUGUACCGGCUCAACACGUUCCCUCUGAUACACAUGGGCUUUUGGCAUAUGUUGUUGGACACGGCUUGCCUUAUACCUCUGCUCGAAAGGUUCGAGGCCGAAUGGGGGACCUUGAACAGCCUGGCACUUUUUAUGGGCCCGCUGGGCCAAAUACCUGCGGCGUUAUAUCUGUUGGUGGAUGGCGUAAUUCUUCGAGACAACACUCCGGUGCUGGGUGCCAGUAUAUGGGUCUUCCUCCUGCUGGCAUCAGAGGCGAUCAAAACAUACAAGGUCCAUCCUUUCAUCGAGAUCGCUGGCUACAAUAUACCCACCUGGAUCUCGCCGUUAGCCCUCUUGGUGGUCACCUCGGUGCUGAUCCCGAACACGUCGUUCCUUGGCCAUUUGUGCGGCUGCGUUACAGGGUAUCUAUGGGGCCUAGGAUACAUUCGCUUCCUCGCGCCUCCCGAGAAAGUCCUUCGCUGGAUUGAAGGGAAGUUCAACCUGUUGGGCCGACUGCCACACUACGUCUCGGUGGAUCAACAGACCUACGGACGAUAUGGUGUUCUGCCGUCCAGUUCAACCACCAGCCCUGGUGAGCAUGCGAGUCCCAUCGGAUUAGGCUGGGUCGGAGGAGGCAUAUUGUCUAUCAGGCGUACUGCUGCCAGCAAGCGAGCGCUGACUUGGGCAUCAGGAAACUCCAUCUCCCGACUGCGCAAGGACGAUCCGCGUCUGUUACGAAUUCCUCCUUACUUGUCCGCCCUCUGCAUUCUAGGAGGCAUUAUCUGGAUCCUCCUCUUGCCGCUGAACGAAUACUCCCGACAAACAUACAUCUCGGAAAACGCGCUUUUGCCUGGUCAAGUGCAUACCUACUUCGGUGGUAGCGAGCAGAACGUGUUCAGAGCAUACCGGCACGAGUUAGCGACGGUUUCGGGGUCUACACUGUCUCCUGGCGGAAAUGAAACAUCGUCGAUUGAAGAAGAGCGAGCGUGGGCAGACAAGAGAAACGCGAAGAUACAGGAAUUGUUCCGCAAUGCUGGCUUGAAGACCGCCAGACAACGUUACUCCUACACCUCUUCCGGGCAGACUUUCGAGGGCGAGAAUGUCUACGCCGUACUGCACGCUCCUCGAGGCGAUGGAACGGAGGCGAUCGUGCUGCUUGCACCGCUGAAGAACAUCGACGAUGCCCUGAAUGUCAACGGGGUACCCCUCUUAAUCUCGCUUGCCAGAUACUUCAAACGAUGGUCGCUCUGGUCGAAGGACAUCAUCUUCCUGGUCACCCCGGACAGUUUCGCGGGACCUCAGGCCUGGAUCGAUGCGUACCAUUCCACACACGAUCCCCGAGCGGUUGAAGACUUGUCGUUGAAGUCCGGGGCUCUCCAGGCAGCCGUGUGCAUCGACUACCCAUUCGAACACCGGUUUGAGACUCUCCACAUUGCAUAUGAUGGAGUUAACGGCGCGCUGCCCAACCUUGACCUUUUCAACACCGCCGUGACGAUUGCGUCCGGACAAAUGGGAAUUGGCACCUCUAUUCAAUUCCAACAUACCUAUACCGACCGCGACAGCCAGAGUGCAUAUCCAUCCCGGCUUCAAAUCCUCGUGCGUGGAAUGGCGUCUCAAGCACUCGGCCAGGCCACGGGCCCGCAUUCUAGUUUCAUGACAUACCACAUCGAUGCCAUCACUUUGACUGCCAUUGGGCAGGGGUGGCAGGACGAAAUGGCUUUUGGCAGGACAGUCGAAAGCAUCUGUCGCAGUCUGAAUAAUCUGCUGGAGAAGCUUCAUCAGAGCUUUUUCUUCUACCUUCUGAUGCAGUCCAAUCGUUUCGUGAGCAUUGGAACAUAUCUGCCCAGCGCCAUGAUCAUCGCCGCGGCUUAUACGUUCAUGGCAAUCUAUCUCUGGGUUCUGAGUGGUUAUCGGCUGAAAGAGAAGACCGCUGUCACGGUGGAUGGCACCGCCGAGCAGGAAGCAAAAGAAAAGGAUCGCGCUGCCGAUAAGCAGACACCAACGAGUAUUGAGCAGGUCCCAAAGGUUGAGUUUAUCUCCAUCGACAGGAACCUCAUACUUCCCAUCGCUCUGCUGGCUGGCAUCCAUCUGGCGUCGCUCAUCCCCCUAUAUCUACUCACUUCACUUACUCUCAAGGUCAUGCCGUCGACCUUCUUCCUGCUGGCACUCUUCUCUAUCGUUCUACCUAUCGUCUUGGCAUCAGCCUUGCCCGAAAUGCCAAACAACACGACCCUGCCAGCCUUUGCUGCACCGACCAAUGAACAAUAUGUCCUGAUCAAAUCCUUGAGUCUGUUACUAUUAGGCUUGUUCCUGACAGUGUUGGCAACUUUGAACUUCAGUCUCAGCAUGUUCCUUGGCAUCGCCUGUGUGCCUCUGGCGUUUGUGGAUCGGAUGCCUGGCAAGAAGCGACUUGCUGUGCUUCAGUAUUUGCUUCUCCUGAUCUUCAGUCCGAUGGGCUUGGCUGCCGGACUGGGUGUGUACGAGUAUUUCGUCAGCGGACAGAAUCAUGUGCUUGUCGCUUGGCUUCAGAGACUGGCGUUUGGGUGGAAUGUCUGGUCAAGUUGGGGCGUGCCGGUCGGAGUGUUGUGUAUUUGGUUGCCGGCGUGGAUCGUGGGUGCGACUUUGGUGGCAAGUUCGUGGUUCUCAGGGGUGAACAACACGACGUCGCAGUCGCCGGCGGCGGCACAGGGUCGGCGUGGGGUGGUCAAGCAUUCCAUCUGA